AUGCCUGGCGGGCCAACCUGCAAAGCUGCUCGAGAAAGCUCGAGGGUGACUGCUAAUGGAGCCAGAGGUUUACUGGGAGUAUGGCACGCCAGAGAAUACGAACUAGUAGGCAGAAGCAAGGGGUUAUUGAUCUACGAAAUUGCCGAUACAUCUGACGUAAUUAACAAUAAUGCAAUAAUGUCAGUUACAGAGAUAGAAUCAGAAGCACAGUUCACGGAAUUGACUAGUAAGGAUCCGGCCAAACUAAUUGCAUUGUACUUCCAUACACCAUGGGCUGGUCCUUGUCAAACCAUGAACUCAAUUUUCAAAACUUUGGCCCAAGCCAAUCCAACAACUUUAUUCUUAUCAAUCAAUGCCGAUGAUUUAUCAGAAAUCAGUGAAUUGUUUGAAGUCAGUGCCGUUCCUUAUUUUAUUUUGAUUCGUAACUCAACCAUAUUAAAAGAAUUAUCUGGUGCUGAUCCAAAAGAGUUCAUAGCUGCUUUGAAUCAAUUUUCCGAUAAACCUUCUUCCACAAGUGGUAAUACCGAUGCCACCACCACUGCUGCCAGCAGUAGCACCUCCACCUCCACUAGCAUACCUCCAGCAGCAUCUUCUGAAGAAUCUCCAGAAGCUCUUGAAGAAAGAUUGAAAAAAUUAACCAGUGCUGCACCAGUAAUGUUAUUCAUGAAAGGCUCUCCUUCUUCUCCUCAAUGUGGAUUUUCCCGUCAAUUGGUUGCUAUAUUAAGAGAACACCAAGUAAGAUUUGGGUUUUUCGAUAUCUUGAAAGAUGACUCGGUUAGACAAGGUUUGAAAAAUUUUAGUGAUUGGCCUACUUUCCCUCAAUUAUAUAUAAAUGGUGAAUUUCAAGGAGGUUUAGAUAUUAUUAAAGAGUCUAUUGAAGAAGAUACUGAAUUUUUCGAUAACGCCAUUAAAAAUACCGCCUAA